ACAGAGAGAGAGAGAGAGAGAGAGAGAGAGAGUCCGGCUGCUGCCGCCGAGCUGCCCGGCCGCUCCUGCUGAGGGGAAGAGGAGGAAACAUGAGCUCCAGGAAAGUGAUGGCCAUCCAGGCCAGGAAGAGGAGGCCGAAGGGGAAGAAAGACAAAACCGGUCACCAUCGGAGGCCUGAGACCCAGCAGAAAGCCCCGGUGAGCGCCCCUCCUCCCCCGCCACCCCCUCCACCUCCCCCUGAGCCGGCAGGGCCCCCAGAGCCGGAGGAGGAGAUCCUGGGCUCCGACGAUGAGGAGCAGGAGGACCCUGCAGACUACUGCAAAGGAGGGUACCAUCCGGUGAAGAUCGGGGAUUUGUUCAACGGGAGGUACCAUGUGAUCAGGAAGUUGGGGUGGGGCCAUUUCUCCACCGUAUGGCUGUGCUGGGACAUACAAGUGAAGAACUUUGUGGCGAUGAAGGUGGUGAAGAGCGCCCAGCAUUACACAGAAACAGCCCUGGAUGAGAUCAAACUGCUGCGAUGUGUGAGAGAGAGCGACCCCAUCGACCCCAACAAGGACAUGGUGGUUCAGCUGAUAGACGACUUCAAGAUCUCUGGAGUCAAUGGCAUACAUGUGUGUAUGGUGUUUGAGGUGCUGGGUCACCACCUGCUGAAGUGGAUUAUUAAAUCCAACUACCAAGGUCUCCCACUUCCGUGCGUCAAAAGCAUUAUAAAACAGGUCCUGCAGGGUCUGGACUACCUCCACACUAAAUGUAAAAUCAUCCACACAGACAUCAAGCCAGAGAACAUCCUGAUGUGUGUAGAUGAUGCAUUUGUUAGGCGCAUGGCCAUGGAGGCAACUGAAUGGCAGAAAGCUGGAGCCCCCCCACCGUCUGGAUCAGCAGUUAGCACAGCCCCCCAGCUCAAACCGGUGAGUACAACAGAUGUGGGGAAGAUCUCCAAGAAUAAGAAGAAGAAGCUGAAGAAGAAACAGAAGCGGCAGGCUGAGCUGCUGGAGAGGCGGAUGCUUGAGAUCGAGGCUCUGGAGAGAGAAGCUGAGAAGAGGGAGGAGAGAGCCAAAGAAGGAGGAGAGAAAGGGGCACACGAACACAACCUGCCUUCACCGCUGCAGCCACCGCCACCGCCACCAGGCCCCAUCAUGGCCCUGGGGGAGAGCGAUGAGGACGAUGAGGACGAGGAGGACGGGGAAGACGAGGAGGAGGAAGGAGGAGAGAGGGAGAGGCCCAUCAGGUUGACCAAUCAUACAUGCGCAGCGCAUCCCGAGGAGCAGAGUGAGGCACCCCACACUGACGAUGACCCUGAUGAGGAGGUGGAGGAUGAGGAGCGUACACCCGUUGCUGAAAAAGAUGCCUCCAUCCCCCCCACCACUGAGGAAGGUAAUGGAGAUCCAACGCAAGCAGAGGUAGAGGAAGAGGAGGAGGAGGAGGAGGAUGAGGAGGAGGAGGAGGGAUUGAAAGGUACGGAGGAGAAAGUAGAGGAGGAGGAGGAGGAAGAAGAAGAGGAGGAGAAAGAGACUGAAAAAGAGAAAAAUGACACAGAGGAGCCAAAGAGUGAGAACAAAACAGAGGAGGAGGCAGUGGUGGAGGAGGAGGAUGAUGAGGAGGAAGAGGAGGGCGAGGAUGAGGAUGAGGAAGAGGAAGACGAGGACAAGGACACGACGACUGAACUCCUCACGGACACCACCUCCCCCAUAAAAUCCCACAUCAACAAAACCAAUUUGGCCAAAACCAACGGCCAUGUUUUGUUGGGGUCUGAGGGACUGAAACCCAACCCUGGCAUGCCUCCACCCCCCUCCCCCACCCCUGAGCCUCUCCACUGCCCCCUGGUGGAGUCCGAGCUCAGCUACACGGACAGGGACAACUCUAUCAGCUCUGGUUAUGAGAUGUAUAACGGCGAGGUGAACGAGCCGGGGUUGACCAACGGCUCCAGCGAGCGCUAUCGGGCCACAAUGCCUCUCUUCCCUGAUUUGCCCCUGGAUCCUGAGCCUGGAAACCCCAUACCGGUUGGGACGGUGGACAUCGGAGCAGGACCGUCACCCAACAGCCCCGCAGCUGACCGCAGUCGCACUGUGUCAUCCUCAAGCACAGGAGACACACCCAAAGUCCGGGCCAGAGCUGCAGACCUCCUGAUCAACCCACUAGACCCGCGCAAUGCUGAGUCUAUUCGAGUCAAAAUUGCCGAUCUCGGAAACGCCUGCUGGGUGCACAAGCACUUUACAGAGGACAUCCAGACAAGACAGUAUCGUUCCAUUGAAGUCCUGAUAGGAGCCGGUUACAGCACUCCUGCUGACAUCUGGAGUACUGCCUGCAUGGCGUUUGAGCUGGCCACUGGAGAUUACCUGUUUGAGCCCCACUCUGGAGAGGACUAUUCCCGUGAUGAGGACCACAUAGCCCACAUCAUAGAGCUGCUGGGCUGUAUUCCAAGGCACUUUGCGCUCUCCGGAAAAUAUUCCCGGGAGUUCUUCAACAGAAGAGACCACAUCGCUCUGAUCAUGGAGCUCCUUGGGAAGGUCCCACGCAAAGUGUUCGCUGCCGGGAAGUACAGCCGAGAGUUUUUCUCCAAGAAAGGUGAGCUGAGGCACAUCACCAAGCUGAAGCCGUGGUCCCUGUUUGACGUGCUGGUGGAGAAGUACGGCUGGUCACAUGAGGAUGCCGGUCACUUCACUCACUUUCUUCUGCCCAUGCUGGAGAUGGUUCCCGAGAAGAGGGCCUCGGCCGGCGAUUGCCUCAACCACCCCUGGCUCAACUCGUAGCCACAAACUCUGAUCAGACGCCCUCCUCCCCUCGUCCCCCAACAGUUAGCCCAAACAUCACCCCUGGUGUGGCAGCCUGUGGAACAACAGCGUGGAGUCGGAGUAGAUGAGAAAGACUUACUCUUUCCUGCCCUAUCUCACACAUGCACCCUCACAUGCUAAUCUGAGUAGGCUUAACUCCCACACAAGCCCCUCCAUCUUCUCCAAAAAGGAAUGUAAAGACAUGCUUAUGGAGAUAAUAUGACAUAGUAGCUGUGUCUUCCAAAACAUCUCCCAAAAAGAUUCUGAUAAUUUGAGGAUGGAUGCUGCUCACACCAUAAAAAGGAGAAGUAGGACUCUGUCUCCGGUCUGAAAAGAGAUGUGAUUUCUUCUUCUCUUCUGCCGUCAAGAUGUCAGCCAGUCCCUUCCAUCACUGAUCUACCUAUCUCCUCUUAAGUCUCACUUUUACCUUGUUUGGUUCCAGUCAUGAGCCACUGACAGCUACUUAUCUUUUCAAAGAUGAGGAAGACAACUCAACGAAAAGAUGUUGCAGCUGACUGCCCAGAGCUCCAUCUGCCAUGACCUUUACUUCGCCGGGGCCUCAAAGACAGACAAGUGUGUGUAUUAUUAUGUGUGAGAAUGAGCGUAUGUGUCUGUCAGGAGAUCUACUCAAGAUCUGUCUACAUGGACCCUUCUCCUCCCUUUCCAGCCCAGUAGCUUCCCUCCCUCACCCUGCUGUGGAAGAAGCAUCCACGUUGGACUAAAGUUUACACCCUGAUUUCUUCCAAGAAUCCUUCUCCAAAAGCCCCCUCUUAACCUGUUUGGUUCCCCACCCCCACCUUCCUAAAUGAGCUGCGUGCUCCUGCCGGGGGCUGCCACAGAGAACUGGAGGGCAGCCAGUCCUCCAGGGGGCACCACACUGACAGUUGUCACUCUGACAGAGACAGAUAGAGAAAGUGCGGGAUGAGCAAAAAACAAAAAUACAAUCAAUUUAAGAUGGAGGAGGACUGCUUGGUCUUUAAAGACUAUUUUUAAAAUGCAUGGAGAGACUGAUGGAUCAGCAUGAACGGAUAUAACAAACGGACGAUGGAUGCAUUAUUUUAGUUGUGCGCUGGUUUCUUUCCUGUUUAGUCAUCCCUCUUGGACAUUCUGUUAGAAAGAAUUAUGUUAGGAUAUUUUCGGCGCCCCCUCUGAGGAAGGUCACUAUGUUACAACCCUCUCUCGCCUUCAGCUUUUGACAUUCCUAAAUCUUGGUCCUCUGCCAUCAUUCCUGAUUUUAGUCCCUUGCUCUAAACCAAGAACAAUUAUGUUGAGUCCUGCUGUGGCACGUUUACCAGAUCUGAUUGGUACUAUUCUCCCUUUUUCUUUUCCUCUAGAGGAACCCUUUGAUCCCUGAGCUUCUCCAGAAAGGGGAUGGUCACAUGAAGGUUGCACUUGUCUUUGUAGAUGUCCUUCAGGGAUUUGAAACCUUUGUACAUAUAACUGAGAUCUGGCAACGCCGAUAAGAGACCGUGGACAAAGUUUCAACACACAAGCAUCAUUCCAAAAACCAGAGGCUGUUGUUGGCAGAACUUGACUUCUCUGUUACAGUUGUGGGGGGUGGGGGUUGGUGUCAUAGCUCCAGCCCUGGAGGAAUGUUCUGACUGAACUGUGCCACCCGGUGGCUACAUGAGAGUACUGCAUCGCCACACACUGCUGCUGCUCUCAGUGCCAACGCUCCAAGACGUUCCACUAUAUCUCUUCACUUAAUCUCUGUUUCUCUGUCUCUCUCACACACACAUACACACAAACACACACAUACACACAGACACACACAAACUUGCAUUAUCACAAUUAGUCCAGUUGCCUAUUUUUCGCAAUAAAUGAAAAAAAAGAUGAGUAUAAGUAAAUGGUGAGAUAUUUUUAAAAACUAUUUAAUUCAGUAAAAAAAAAAGAGGAAAAAAAAGAAAACAAUUUUUCUCUGGUUGUCGUGACCGUGACAGAAUCUCGUCUUAUACUGAGGUGAUUGUGUUUGUCUAUUAGAGAUGUUUUUAUUUCUUUUGUCAUUAUUAUUAUUAUUUAUUAUAAUUAUUAUUAUUGAAAGAUUUUUUACACAGUUGUCACCUCUCCCCUCCCUCCUUACUUGAACAGUGCUGCUCUAUCUGGGCUCUUGAUGGUGAUGAAAAAAAAAUCAACAGUUUUGCAAUAAAGGGUAUGUGAUAAAUUUUUUUUUUUUUUUUUUUUUUUGCACCAAAACCUCCUGAUCUCACUCUUUCAGCCAUGCUGACUGUUCUUCCUGAUGACAUUGACAAAAUCGCGUCUCUUGUCUGUGUUUUUCAUUGACAGAUUUAAUAAAAUUGUAAAUUAAUGGAC